CCAAUGAACCUGAUUACCUUCAUUCCUAUAUAUUUUGUUUAAUCUGUCUUUACUUCCUCGAUGCGGGACAAUAAAUACAGAGAUGAGCUGUUGAGCACCAGACUGUUGAUCCUCUGAGUCCUGUUUGUGUCCAAGCCGUCGUCUUCUGAUCUGCUGGGAAAAAUGGCCGCUGUUUGGACCAGACUUCUUCUCCUGGGAGUGUUUGUUGCCGUCGCACACGGGCUGACGUGCAGCCGCUGUCCGAUCGCGAUCUUGGGGCGAUGUCUGGGCUCCAGCGCAGAUGUCCAAUGCAACAACUCAACCAGCAGCUGCUUCAGGGGGACUGCGUCGUUCAAUGGCACCUCUAGUGCAUUCGACCUUCAAAGCCGGGGGUGUGUGAUUAAUGCCGCCUGCCGGACAGUGGGUGGCUCCUUCCUGGGAAUCGGUUAUACCGGCUCCGUCGCCUGCUGCAGGACGGACCUGUGCAACGGAGGGACAUCGGUGCAGCUGUCGCUCGCUGCCGCGUGCGUUGCCGUUCUGGCGUCGCUCUUGGCUCGUUAGACGACACAUGGCGCUACGACGAUACGUUCUCAGCAGACAGUUAUGAAUAAAUCCAUGAUUCAAGAGACCGUAAUAUAUAUUUCGAUUUAAAUGUGUUGAUUUAAGUGUGCGUCAGUUGUCAGGUCAUGGGUUUCAUAAAGUUGAAUGUUGUUAACUGGUUUAAAUAGGCCUAAUAUUGAAGAAUUAAAGGAUCAAAAAGUGUUUACCUGUGUCAAAUGAAUUGAAGUCUUCCAA